AUGGUAGCCGAGGCAACCGAGUGGAUCUCAGAAGAGGUUGCUGUUUCUCCAUCCCUGCUUCCAUUGCAGAGAAGCUGCCCCAAAUGGCAGAAAGGUGUGGCUGUUGGACCUGUUGUGGGAGGGAGAAAGGGAGAAAUCCCUUCCACUACAGUUUCUUUAACAAGCAUCACCAGUUUAGAGAUAAAUUUGUCUUUCUUGACUCAACCCCUGAAGAUUAGCUGUGGCAUUUGCUCAGCGGGAAGUCUGCUGUUGGAAUAUAUGUCCUUGAGUACCUCUUACUGGGUACUGGAGACAACUUAUAGAGGCAUGGUUCAUAGUGGUCUCUGGGACAUCUGCUUAGAAUCAAAAUGCAACCUAUACCAGUUUAAUCUCUUAGCUCUGCACAUCCACGUUACCCGUGCCUUCCUGCUAAUGGCCCUCUUCUGUGGCUUCAUAGGGUUGCUUUUCAGUUGCAUCUCUUUUGAACGUAACAAGCUAUACGACGUAUCGGUGAUAAAAGUAGCAGCCAUCUUCAGCUUUAGUGCAGGUUUCCUUGUUCUGGUUGCCAUGUCUUUGUUCACUGCCAUUCUUAGGAAAUCCCCAGGAUAUGCCCAAAAUUUAGUAACAUUUGGCUCAUCCUUCAGCUUGGGCUGGGCUUCCAUUCUUAUGUACAUCAUUACCGGUAUUCUACUUUUGCUGACUGAAAAAACCAUCAUUUCUUUAGCCUAG